AUGGUUGGCCCUGCCUUAAAGAGGAGCAUUGGGUUGAAAACUAUGGACAGGGAAUUGAUGACCCAGGGUGAAAAACAAGGAACUGAUACAGUGACAUCUACGGUAGAAUUGGGCAAUGGCCGAGUACUUCACAACCCAGACAUGUUAUGUUCAAAGGCAAAAAGAAGAGUUAGAGAGGCUUAUAGGAAAAAAGAGAACCUUGUGGAAGAGUCAGACAUAGCGAAACUCCCUUAUUUGCAGGCAAUAGUGAAAGAGACUUUCAGGUUGCACCCUGCAGUUCCACUUUUGCUACCCAGAAAAGCUGAAGUGGAAUUUGAGAUGCAUGGAUACACAAUUCCAAAGGGUGCACAAGUGUUGAUUAAUGUGUGGGCCAUAGGAAGGGACCCUAAUUUGUGGGAGAAACCUAGAUUGUUUUGGCCUGAGAGGUUUUUGGAAUCAGAAAUAGACUUCAAAGGAAGCGUUUUGAGCUUACCCAUUUGGUGGUGGGAGGAGAAUAUGCCCUGGUUUGCUAUUGGCCAUAAGGUUGGUGUUCUUGAUGUUGGGAUUGUUCAUCAAUUCCUUGAUUGGGAGCUUCAGGAUAUUCAACCAGAG